AUGGGGAAAGCAGUGCAGUGGCCGCCGAAGUCCAGCAAGCCUGACUCAAAGAAAGAUCCCUCGAAGUGGUGCGAUUUCCAUGCCGACAUCGGUCAUACCACCAAUGAGUGCGUAGCAUUGAGGAGAGAAGUUGCCUACCUACUAAAGAACAAAUAUCUCAAAGAAGUCAUGUAUGACAAACCUCGAGGCAUCGUCAACAAAGACAACUCCGAUUCUCCUUCUCGACCUCCUCCAUCUCCCACUUAUACUAAAACUGUAAAUUUUAUUGCUGGAGGCUCUAACAUUUGUGGUUUGACUUAUUUGCAGCAAAAAGGUGAUGUCACUCACAAACAUCAUGACGGUCUGGUAAUAUCUAUUCCCGUUGGGAAUUGUAUGAUCAGACGGGUCCUUGUCAAAAACGGUAGCUCCACCAACGUUAUGAUGCUCGAUGCCCUCAAGGAGAUGGGGUUGAACCCAGACACUGACGUCGUCAAGAAAUCUAUUGUUCUGAUAGGAUUCAGUGGCGAAGCAAAAACUACUUUCGGAGAAGUCACGUUUCCAAUUCUAUACCCAGGGAGUCAACCAACAGGCAAAGGAUCCACGACAUGA